AUGAGAAGGCAAGUGUGCUCUUGUAGCCUCCUCAUGGCAGAAGCAAUAACAGUGUUCUGCCUCUCAUUGUUGUUCUUCUGCUCCCAUGCUCUGGUAUCUCCAGGGAGCAGCAACGCCACGACCGACGAGCUCUCGCUACUGGCCUUCAAGUCCAUGCUGUCAAGCCCAUCCGAUGGCUUGCUCGCAUCAUGGAACACUUCAAGCCACUACUGCAGCUGGCCCGGAGUUGUUUGCAGCCGUCGGCAACCAGAGAGGGUGAUCUCGCUGCUCAUGGGCUCCUUCAACCUUUCAGGGCGCCUAUCGCCGUUCCUGGGCAACCUAUCAUUUCUCAAGAAGCUGGACCUUCAUGACAACCAAUUUGUUGGGCAUAUACCUCCUGAGCUCGGUCAUCUCAGCAGGCUUCGGAUGCUGAACCUGAGCACAAAUACUCUCCAUGGAAGCAUUCCUGUGGCCUUGGGAGGGUGCACCAAUCUCACAAUGCUUGACCUAAGCAGUAACCAACUCCGAGGUGAGAUACCAACUGAGGUAGGCGCCUUGAAAAAUCUUGUUGAUCUGAGGCUUCACAAAAAUGGUUUGUCAGGAGUGAUCCCUGUUUCACUGGCAGAUUCGCUAUCGAUUGAAUACCUGUCUUUGAGAAACAACAGAUUGUCUGGUGAGAUACCACUAGCUUUGGGUAAUCUCACCAACCUGUGGCAUCUUGACCUUGCGGACAACAUGCUGUCAGGAGCUAUCCCUUCAUCUCUGGGCUGGUUGUCCAGUCUAUCUGUGUUCAACUUAGGCUAUAACAACCUAAGUGGGUUGAUCCCCACUUCUCUUUGGAACAUUUCCUCUCUAACAGUGUUUGCUGUCCAACAAAAUAUGCUAAGUGGAACGAUACCGCCAAAUGCAUUCAGUACUCUCCACCAUCUUCAGAAAAUUGCAAUGAAUGGCAAUGAGUUUCAUGGCUAUAUCCCCAGUUCACUUGCUAAUGCUUCCGAUCUGUCUUUUGUUCAACUCAAUUAUAACUUUUUAAGCGGCAUUGUUCCUCCAGAGGUUGAAAUGUUAAGACAAAUCAACUGGCUACAGCUCUCGAACAAUUUGCUUCAAGCCAAAGAGCCGAAAGAUUGGGACUUCAUAUCCGCGUUGACAAAUUGCUCCCAAUUGCAAAUGUUGGACUUGGGUGCUAACAAGUUUAGAGGAGUUCUUCCUGAUUCAGUUUCCAAUCUUUCCAAUUCACUAACAUUUCUCUCCUUUUCAGUCAAUGAAGUUUCAGGCAGCAUACCUAAAGAUAUAGGUAAUAUCAUCAACUUACAGUCUCUUGAUCUUAGUAAUAAUUAUUUCACAGGAAAUCUUCCCUCAUCCCUCAGUAGGCUUAAGAAUUUGCAAGCUUUCUCUGUAUAUAGCAACAAAAUCAGUGGUUCGAUCCCAUUGAGCAUAGGAAAUCUUACAAAACUAAAUUAUUUGGACUUUGACACAAAUGCCUUCAGUGGUAGGAUUCCAAACACACUUGGAAACAUGACAAACUUGUUGGCACUAGGCCUUUCAAAUAAUAACUUUACAGGCCAAAUUCCAAUCGAAAUAUUCAACAUCCCCACGCUCUCUGGUAUUCUAGAGCUAUCCAAUAAUAACUUGGAGGGUUCAAUACCACAAGAAAUUGGAAAUCUAAAAAAUCUUGUAGAGUUCCGUGCAGAUUCCAACAAGUUAUCAGGUGAAAUCCCUAGGACCCUUGGCGAAUGCCAACUUCUCCAGAAUCUGUAUCUUCAAAACAAUAUUUUAACCGGUAGAAUUCCCUCUCUGCUGAGUCAACUGAAAGGUUUAGAAAAUCUUGAUCUCUCAAGCAACAAUUUGUCAGGCCAGAUUCCUAAGUUCUUUGGGAACAUUAGCACGCUCUAUUAUCUAAACCUUUCAUUCAAUAACUUUAUCGGUCAAAUUCCCAGCUUUGGUGUUUUUGCAAAUGCUAGUGCAAUAUCGAUCCAAGGCAAUGACAAACUUUGUGGUGGCAUACCUGAUCUACAUUUGACCCCAUGUUCUUCAGAAUUGGGAAAGAGAAAGCACAAAUUUCCACUGAUUCCUAUUGCUGUUUCUCUCACUGCAACAAUAGUCAUCCUUUCAUUGAUCUGCAUAUUUCUUUCUUGGCGCAAAAGCACAACCAAAGUUCCUUCAACAACAUCCAUGCAAGGCCACCAAUUGAUCACGUAUCCACAGUUAGUGAGAGCAACAGAUGGUUUCUCGAGCAGCAAUUUGUUGGGUUCUGGGACAUUUGGGGCUGUAUUCAAAGGAAAUAUAGGGGCCCAAGAUGGUCAAAGUACAAGUCUUAUUGCUGUUAAGGUACUGAAAUUACAAACUCCUGGGGCUCUCAAAAGUUUCACUGCCGAAUGCGAAGCACUGCGAAACCUACGGCACCGAAAUCUCGUGAAGAUAAUUACAGCCUGCUGCAGCAUUGAUAGCAGAGGGAAUGACUUCAAGGCAAUUGUGUUUGAGUUCAUGCCUAAUGGAAGUUUAGAAGGCUGGUUGCAUCCUGACACAAAUGACCAAACAGAGCAGAAGUACUUAAAUCUCCUUGAGAGAGUUACCAUACUGCUCGAUGUCGUUAAUGCUCUCGAUUACCUACAUUGCCAUGGCCCCGCUCCUGUUGUACAUUGCGAUCUCAAGUCAAGCAAUGUGCUCUUGGAUGCUGAUAUGGCAGCCCAUGUGGGAGACUUUGGACUUGCAAAGAUUCUUGUUGAGGGAAGCACAUCUUUUCAUCAGUCAACGAGCUCGAUGGGAUUUAGAGGGACAAUCGGUUAUGCUGCCCCAGAGUAUGGCGCUGGAAACACGGUAUCUACAAAUGGAGAUAUUUACAGUUACGGGAUUCUAGUGCUGGAAACAAUAACCGGGAAGAGGCCUACCGAUAGUGGAUUCAGGCAAGGAUCGAACCUUCGUGAAUACGUUGAGCUGGGUCUACUCAACGGAGUGAUGGACGUUGUUGACAUCCGGCUGUCUUCAGACCUCGAGAACAGGCUCCAGAGUACGAAUGAUUCUUCAUACAGGAGACAGAUUGAUUGCCUUGUUUCGCUGCUCAGACUCGGAAUGUCCUGCUCUGAAGAAAUGCCAUCGAGUAGGAUGCCAACAGGCGAUAUCAUCAGGGAACUGCAAGCCAUCAAAGAAUAUAUCUGUCGUGGGGAGAACAAGACAUGAAGAGGGAAGAACUGAACUUUCACGAUCCAAUUGUAUCAUGCAGUGGCUGUGAUCUUCGGUGUCUGAAGAAUUCUUAAGCGUGUGUGAGAACGAUCCGUGAUCUGAACAUCUUGACCUGCAAAAUUGUUUCUUUGGAAUGUUUUGCAAGUUACAACUGCUCCAACUCAGAAAGAUUAUACUGGGAGAAGUUUCUGGCAGAAGAAUAUUGCUGAGUGCCUAAUUUUACUAGUUGGGUGCUCUGGUAUGAUUGUUCCCUUUUUGUUGUCCUUUUGUUUCAGGAGAUUGCUCCGACAGAAUUUCGUUCGUGUUUUGUAAGUCGGGCAUCUGUUUGCCAAGGCUGUACUUUGUUUUUCUCCUUAUAUGUACUUUGAACCUGGUUUUCUAACUUGAUACAAACAUAUGCGGC